ACAGGAAUCACACGCCAUGAAGGUGAACGGAUGUGCCUUGACGCUGCUCGCCGGCGCCGCUGCGCUGCAUGUCGGCGUGCCUCCUGCCCUCUCGUCGUCGCAUCGCCGCGUGCCCGCCGCGCUCAUGCAGCAGCAGAGCGUCAGCCAGCCGUCCGAGGUGGAGCCACUCGCCGCCGCGGCCGGUGAGACCAACGUGGUCGGCGCCGAGGUGGAGCAGACGAACGAGCGAUUCACGCCCAUCACGCUUCAGUCCUUGGACACCUGGGCGGAGAAGUUCCCCCGCCUACAGGACAAGCUCGCCGACAUCAAGAUGUCGUCACUCAUCUUCCCGUUCAAAGCGUCGCCUUACCUGGUCGAGGAGCUGAUUGACUGGGAGAUGGAAGGCGACAUCUCGACCGACCCGUUCUACCGGCUCAUCUUUCCGACGAUGGACAUGCUCGAGCCGUCGGCGCGGGCGACGCUCGAGGAGGCGUGCGCCACGAAGGAGCCGCUGACAAUCAAGGCGGCCGUCGAGGAGAUCCGCGAGGAGCUCAACCCGCACCCCGCGGGGCAGAAGGCCCUCAACGCGCCGAAAAAGGCGGAGCUGACGGGCGUGCAGCACAAGUACUCUGAGACGGUGUUGUUCUUCGCCUCUGCGGCGCAGACGUGCCACGCGUACUGCACGUACUGCUUCCGCUGGGCGCAGUUCAUCGGCGACUCGGACCUGCGCUUCGCGCAGAAGGACGCGGGCUCGCUCUUCGACUACCUCGCCGAGCACGAGGAGGUCUCCGACAUCCUCUUCACCGGCGGCGACCCGAUGAUCAUGAAGACGCGCGCGCCGCGCGUCUUCAAGCAGUACUUCGAGCCCUUCAAGGACCCGACCUUCCUGCCGCACGUCAAGAACCUGCGCAUCGGCACGCGCGCGCUUACGUUUUGGCCGCAACGCUUCACGACCGACGCCGACGCCGACGAGCUCCUCGCGCUGCUGCGCGAGGUCAAGGAGGUGGGCGGGCGGCACAUCGCGGUGAUGUCGCACCUGGGCCACGUGCGUGAGCUGUCGACCGACAAGGUGCGGCACGCCAUCCACCGCCUCAAGCAGGAGGCGGGCGUGAUCAUCCGCUCGCAGUCUCCGGUGUGGGCCGACAAGUGGCGCGAGGAGGUGCGGCUCGGCAUCGUCCCGUACUACAUGUUCAUGGCGCGCGACACGGGCGCGCAGGCCUUCUUUGACGUGCCACUCGUGCGCGCGCAGCAGCUCUACGCCGACGCUAUCCGCAACACGUCCGGUCUCUGCCGCACCGCUCGCGGCCCGUCGAUGAGCUGCACCCCCGGCAAGGUCGAGGUGGUUGGAACGCAAGAGGUCAUGGGUGUGCCCGCCUUUGUGCUGCGCUUCCUCCAGUGCCGCGACGAGAAGUGGAUCGGCAAGGUCUUCUUCGCAAAGUACGACCCCAAGGCGGUGUGGUUCGACGACCUGGAGCCGCUCGACGGGAUGGAGCUGCCGUGGGAGUACACGGGCUUGCCGCGGCCGUGCAUCGACGAGGCGUGUCAAAUCGAGUACCUCAUGUCGCAAGAGAACGCCUGAGGUGCGCGCAGAGACACGCAACCAGAGAGGGGGAUCUGCCUCGAUCGGACCUCGAGGAUCUGUCUUGCGUGUGCGCGGCGGCGACCCGCGCCACGCGAGCCAUUUCCGGCCGCCUCUCCGCCUUGGUGCCGUCCCGUGUGUCCCAGGGCGCGCCCUGCGACUGUCCUCUGUCGGCGAGCGUCGCCACAUCUCGGUGUCGGGGGGACACGUAUCGUCUCCCGUGGGCACUUUUUGAUCUUUGCGCACUAGUGCGGUGCCGGUGGCGCUGACCGCUGUCGAGUGUCGUCUGUACACAUUGUUCUCUGGAGAACAGCAAUAACAGUCUUUUCGCUGC